CUCAAUGCUAAACUAUCUGUGAAUGAGAAAGGUACCCGCAUAUGCUGGUAACUAUAAUAACAGUACUCAGUGACAUUUGAAACAUCCAUGAUUUAAUAAUGUGCCUCUACUAUGGAGUUCUCGCCACUGUACACACGAAGGCUGUCUGGCAGCUACAGCAGCCGCAACAGUUUUGUUGACGAUGCUCUGGAGCAGCUAGAGUUUAACAUCAAUGACAUCAGUAGAGCAUCAAGUCCUGCCAGUGUCAUCAGUGUCAGUGCUCGCUCUGAAGGUUUCAGAGAGCGCAGACACCGCAGUACAGGCCGAGCGGAUGAUGAGUACAGGAGAAAAUACUCGAGGAUAAAAAGCGAGCUCGAGCUAGAGAAGAAUAAGAUUCGUCACCUGCAGGAGGAGAGGGUGGAAGAGAUCAGAAAACUGAGGGAGGCUUUUGAGAAUGACAGGAAGCUGGAGAUGGUCUCGUUACAGAACCGAUGGGAGGAAGAUAGGAAAAAAGAGUUGGCCAGAUUUAAGGAAGAACUUAUCAAGCAGAAAGACUUUGAGCUACAGCAGGUUCUCAUGUACAAGGAAAGUGAGAAAAGGCAACAGGUCAAAGCAGAGGAGAAAAAGGAGAAAGGAAAACAGAAAGUAGAUGAGGAAAAACUGGAAGUAGAAGAUGAGGAUGAGUCCAUUGCCGGGAGGGAUGGGGAUAAUGAUGUGGCAACUGUGAGUGGAAAGGGACAGGGGAGAGAGGGAGGCAAAGAGGAGAGGAGGAGGCAGAGGAUGGAUAAAAAACAUGCAGAUGAUGAUCUUAAGCAUUUAGAUCUUGUGAGUAAAGAUGGAGGGUCUUCUCAAGAUCACAAAAGAUCAAGAUCGCACAGGACAGUGAGUGGAAGUGAGGGAGACAGAGACACUGUACAUAGAAGAAGGCAUAGAGCUCAUGAGAAAAGUGAAAAACACAUCAGUGAUACACCUGAGCCAGUUAUUCUUAAAAGUUCUGAACAUGAACAGGUCAGAAACAGGAAAAAUGACAAACACAUCAGUGAUGCACUUGAGCCAGUUAUUCUUGAAAGUUCUGAACAUGAACAGGUCAAAAACAGAAAAAAUGACAAACACAUCAGUGAUGCACUUGAGCCAGUUAUUCUUGAAAGUUCUGAACAUGAACAGGUCAAAAACAGAAAAAAUGACAAACACAUCAGUGAUGCACUUGAGCCAGUUAUUCUUGAAAGUUCUGAACAUGAACAGGUCAAAAACAGAAAAAAUGACAAACACAUCAGUGAUGCACUUGAGCCAGUUAUUCUUGAAAGUUCUGAACAUGAACAGGUCAAAAACAGAAAAAAUGACAAACACAUCAGUGAUGUCGUCGUGUCAGGUGUGCUAGAAAAUCCUGAAAGUGAACGUGUCAAAAACAAGACAGUGAAAGAUACAACCUCAACACAGGAUGCUGUCGCUAGUGCUUCUAAAUUAUUGUCUGAGAAAGUUAUUUCUAAAGUAAGUGUGGAUGUCCAGACUGACCUGUUAGGGACAGAUAUAGCAGGGAAUGAUGAAAGUAAAGUGGAUAAAGAAAAUGAAAAAACAUCCGAACUGGAGAAAAGGAUUAAAGAUUUGGAGGUUGAAAGAAUAUAA